AGCCAUUUUGCCUCAAGUUUUUGGCUCCCAAGCCUGCCCUGCUCGGCAGCAGCCGGAACACCGCCGGCGCGCUAGCGCCCCUCUGGCGCUUCCUCGGCAUGCAGGUGCUGCGGUGCUGCCUUGCCGCGGCGGCCCUGGCCACCGCGGGCCUCGCCGGGGCGCCCGAGGCGACCUGCCAGGGCGCCGAGGCGGAGGAGGCGGCCAUGGUGCAGCUGAGGCCAGAGGCCGCCCAGCCUCCGCCGCCUCAGACCCGGCGGACGAGGCCCGAGCUGCCCUCGGGGAUCUUCUGACCCGGGUCAACCCAGACCCGGGUCAGUCAGGCUCCCGAUGCCCCCGAUAGCGCCGGCGAGCCAGCCGGCGACGAUGGUCGGGAUCCCGCCGCCAGCGCCGGAGCCGUGCGAGUACCUCGAGUACGGCUGGAGCUACUGCUACUCUCCCGUCAUGGAGUCGCCGUUCGACACGGUGGAGGAGGCGAAGAGCAGCUGCCUCUGCGACCCAGCCUGCGAGGGGGUGUACGACAGCGCGGGCGUCGAGGGGUGGAGCGGGAAGGCCUACGUCUGCAAGAACGAGGCGGGGCGCGGGCUCGAGUGGGACAGCCACAAGGUGGAGGGGUUCCAGGGCAGCGUGCACUGGAAGCUUCCCAAGAUGUUCUCGCCCUGGGAGUGCUCUGAGUACUGGGCGUCCUCGGGCAAGGGCAGCUGCUGAGCGGGGCGCCGGUGGCGGCAGCGCAGUUGGACCUCGGCCCUGCCUGCACCGCGGCCUGCGGGUGGAGGCCCAACUGGGCGGCGGGGCCCUGCCUGGCUUCCAAGCGAUUCCCUGAGCACAGAAGGGCCCAGCCCGAGCGUAGGGCACGUAGGGCCCCCAGAAUUUUGCCUGCUCGUGGGCAGAGGGUGCCCACAUCGGUCCCUCUGUCUCUCUCGCCUUCCUCUCCAUCUCUCUCUCUCUCUCCCUCUCCCUCUCCCUCGCCAGUGCCCCGCUCGAGGGGAGCGAACAGCAGCUCUCUUUUGUCGGAGUUCUCGCGUUUGGGACGGCGCUUCCCGCCUUCAGAGUCUUUAGCGAGGAGGCUGGACCUCGUCUCGUCUCGCCUCUUCGGCCUGAUCGCUUCGACUGGCCAGUGCUUGUUGGCGACUCGCUGCUUGCAGCGCGGGCCUCUCUCUCUCUCUCUCUCCCC